AUGCCGCCAUGCUUCAAUCCGCAGACACAUUGGUUGAUUGAUCAGUGUGUCCGCAGACAGAAUCUUGGCCUGGGAGUGAGGGAAGUGGAGUUUGUUGUGAGCUACAACAAGAAGAGCCAGAAAGGCACACCUACUCCAGCCGACCCUCCAGCUCCAGCAAUCUCCUUUGAACCGACUUCGCCAGCAGUUGUUGGAGUUGCUCCUGCAGCCUCCUCCUCCUCAGCUCCAGAAGUGAAGCCUGCGCUUCCACCGCCGCGCUUGCUAGCACGGUCUUUCAGCUCUGAGGAGGAUGAAGUGGAGCUCAUCGCUGCAAAGUGCAAGACGUGUUUCAGCGAGUCUUUGCUGUGGAGUGAGGGCCGGAAUGCUCCGACGGCAGAGUAUUGGCUGCGGGCAUUUUGUGGCCAUGCCAAGCGUGCCGCCGCCAAGGGUCAGGACCUCCCUCCAGAUAUGGCGAUUUUCCCCAAGUUUGUGGCCACCAAGUUUUUGGAGCAGGGCGCUUGUGAGGUGUUGCCACAUUUCACCCAGUUGCUCAAAGAUUUGAAAGAGAAGGUCCCUUCAAUCUUCCCCAAGCCCGGAUUGGUGGAUGCACUCAUUGCCAUUGCGGACUACGAUUGCAGCGGCUCUUCUUUUUGUGAAGUGGACCUGUCAUCUUUGAGCUUGUCUGCGCGUGCUGCUCUGGUUGGUAGCGAGCUAUACAAGUCUUGGAUGAAGAAAAGCUUGGAAGAGCGAAUUUCCAAGUUGCAGCAAGCGCAGAAGACACGGGAAGAACUCCGGCCUCUCCUUGAGCCUCUUGCCAAGCUGUCUGAUGACUCUCGGGUUACCUUCGCAUUGACUUGGUGUGGGCCCGCAUCGUACGAUCAGAGGCUGGCCUAUUUGCUUUCGGACGUCGGCAGGUUUGAUUUGCUUAAAUUUUGGUACCCAACUGCACCAGAGCUUUGCCUGUCUACUUUCGUCUCCGAAGAGCCGAAAUUCGGUCACUUCACAGAGAAGCAGUACCUUGCUGGCUUGGAGAGUCUCUCCAUGUGUUCCACAGCUUCUUCUUUCAUCAAAUUGCAGGUGGUGAAGAGUUUGCUUGCGGAUUUUACACGUCUCCGUGUCCUUCCACAAGGAGGAGCUGUUCGUGCUUGGGCAUGGGCUUUGUUUCUCGAGAAUUCUAGCGCCAAGUUGGGAGUGGCAUUGGAUGAUGACAACGAUGAGAAGCUGAAGAGCUUCCCCCCCGAGACCUUGGAUGAUGAGGCGUUGUCCACCUUGCACAAGUGGUACGUGACCAAACUCGGUCAGAAAAGGGACCGAACUGGCCAUGCGAAAUUGCAGCCGUGCAUGGAUGGUUGGAAGAGCAGAGCUGACAAGGCGAAGGAAGAAGCUUUGGCUGCCGGUCGUGCCGCAGAGAAGGGUGGCCACAAAGAACCUCAGCAGGCAGCCCCGCCUGCGGCUGUGACUGAUUGGAAGGAAGGAGACGUUGCCAUUGCUCUCCCUGGCAAAAGAAAGUCAGAGUUCGACAACCAAGAAGGUGUCGUGCUCAAAGUGCUGGCCAAAAAGCUCCGUCUGGAGUUCAAGCGCUUGGGGGAGACAAAGGAUGUGGACAAAGACAGAUGCCAAAAAGCGGCCAAGAGUGGACGUCAGAAUGCCGAUGAGAAAGCCGAAGAGAAGAAGGAAGAGAAGAAGGAAGAAAAACCUUCGCUGACGGAGCUCUUGGGCUCAGACGUGGUGGACGAUUAGGAAGACAACAACUCGCGCCUGAAAAAGUAGCAGCUUCCUUUGACCGCUCAGUGUCCUUCGCUUUUUGGGUGACGAGGGUGGACUAACGACAUGUUCACUAUUUCCAAUGAAUAGUAUUUAUACAUUAAACCACACUAUUUGACACUAUUUCACACUAUUGCAAUAUUUCAGAGGUCGUUGAAGGCUUCCAACAUUUAACACCUAAACUUGAUUCGUUUCUACCUCUGUCCAUGCAUCUUGGCUCAAGAUCGAAGAGCCACCGCUGCUUGAGGCGAUCAUGGAGGUUCAGGCACUCUCACAAAGCUCGAUGAGGGGAAGUUGGUUUGGAUGAUGAGUUGAACAUCGGUCAUGGAUUUGAAGCAACUCCUGGCUGGCCGGGUUGGAUACCCAAGAUUUCGACAAAGACUCUGGAGUGAAGACAUAGGCGAGUUACAGUACAUGAUGAUAUGGCAGUAAGACUAUUGACUAUGGUGACUAUGGGGAAGGGUUCAGUUGGUGGUCCUGGACUUCUGUGCACAAAAUGAGGCCCUGUGGAGGGAGCUUCUUGGUGCAUGUGACCACAAUUGGGCGAAGUUGAACGUUUGGGUCAAAUUCCGCUGGAUCCAAAUUGGCGAGGUGCAGACGCUGACCUUCGACCCAUGCAUUCUGCAGCAAGUGACGGCUACUUGGAAGUGGUGCGGUUGCUGCUGGAGGCUGGAGCUGACAAGAAUGCUGCAAGGUCAGAUGGGGUAACAGCUCUAUGGGCUGCAGGUCGCCAUGGCCACUUGGAAGUGGUGCGGUUGUUGCUCGAAGCUGAUUCUGACAAGAAUGCCAGGCACAAAAAACGGCAACCGCUUUGCUGGCUGCAGCUCGUAACGUUCCCCUUGCUCAAGGCUGGAGCUGACAAGAAUGCGGGCAUUGUUGAUGAGGCUGGCGGCUGGAGCGUGCGUUUGCAUGCGGAAAGGGUCGAUGGGGCAACUGCCGGCAAUUGCCUACUGGCUGCAGCUUGGAAAGGCCACUUAGUCACUUGGAAGUGGUGCGAUUGUGCUGAGAGGCUGCGCGAAAGAAAAGGCUGCCACGGCUCUGGCGUCGCUGCUCGGGCAAUUUUUGUAUCAUUAGCGGCAGGUUGACCCUCAGCCCUGGACAACACCAACAUG